CACACACAACACGCACUUGCACACAUGCAACCCAACCCUGUGCAACUCCACCGGGUGCAUUAACACAGGGAUUCACACUCCCAGCACCCACCCCCCCACACCCGCUGCCCAGUGUGAUCCCACCCCUGGGGGAUUAACACGAGCAUUCACACCUACACCCAGUGUGAUCUUUAUUUUGGGACAUUAGCACCAACAUACACACACACACAGGCCCACCCUGCUACACAAGCUCAUAUAGCUCAGGCCUGAUCGCUUUGGCUGCACCAGGCGCCCCUGGCCAGGAAGGGGCAGAGACAUUUCUUAUUUUUUUCCACGCUUAAAAAAUGUCAAGAGGAAAUAGUGAGCAUGGGCUGGGAGACAGGAGUGAGGAGCGGGGAGGCCCUCGAUAUACAGGUUGAACCCAGGACCUUGGUACCUGCUCAGCCUCUGGUGCCUCCCACCUGCUUCUAGCUGGAGUUGAUGCCAGAAGCAGGUGGGAGGCACCAUUUGAGCCUCUGGACCACAUGCCCACAUCCCUGCUGCAGUUGGCAAUGGGAGGUCAGCCUGAGCCCAGAUCAUGCCACUUUAGUUUCCUCUACAGGUGAAUUGAUCUUCUUGUGCUCUGCUAGGACCCUCCCAGUACAGAGGUUUGGGGUGGGCUCCUGGCCCCCAGGGAUGGAGUGACCCCAAGAUGCUGCUGCACUGGGUGUCAGAGUUAAGGGCAUUUGUGGAAGCUGUGCUGUGGUCUCCCACAUCCUUCCCAGACCUGGCCUCACCAAAGCAACAGCCACACAUCUGCUCCUGCUACCCCAUCACCUCCACCUCUCAGGGGCAAGCCCUUUCUGGCAGGUAACCUCCACAGACUGAGCAGGGAUUCCCCUGUGUGAAACCCAUGCAGACACCAGGGGACACGGUGGUGCCAGCACUGAGGCCAGGGUGACAGUCUUUCCCUGCAGGGGGCAAAGAGGGGUGAGUGGUGGGAUGGAGCAGAUGUGGGGACUUGCAAGUAGCAGGGAACUGAAUGCCCCUCCCCCCCGCUCCUGCCAUGCCAGGUCUCUCCGGGCAAAGGUUCCCAUUUUGUUGUGCUGCAUGCUGCCUGUGAACUCAGUCCUGGGCUUCACAGAGUUUUUGGCUGGGAGUUUCUCUGGUUGUUGAAAGGAAAGCAAUUGAGGCCAUGCAGUAGGAAUUCCUAGCUGUGCCUGUCCCUGGCUGGCUCUGGUGACCUGUUGUCACCUCUGGAUCUAGGGCUCUAGUUUGUCACCUCCUGGAGUUAUGGGAGCUAGCAAGGCCCACAGGCUGCCUGGCAAAGCAAGCAGUUGCUUGGGUUCUGGCUCUAGCUUCUAUAACCAGGAGCUGCAGCACUCAGGCCAGCCCUGCCUCUCUAGAGCAGCCCUCUGGGUCACCCAGCUGGAAUGGGUGGCACCAGGGGAGGCAGGAGUCAGUGAGCCUGGCACCCAGCUGUCUCAGCAGAGCCCUGUGCUACCAGAUUAUGCCCACUGGUAUGUGAGGUGCUGCUUGCAUCAUGUGGACCUAUUUCUCACCCAGACCAGCUACCCUGCCCUGUGCCCAAUGAGAGUGUGAUCCAUGAACUCUGCUUCCUUUGCAGGAUGAAGAAGUUUCCAGGAGGAGUCAGCUGCAGCGCCGGCAGAGCUUCGUUAUGGUCAAAGGGGCCGCCCUGCUGCUGCAGGAGGACGAGAAGUUGGAGACGGUGUCGGAGAUGUCACCCCCACCAGAGCAAAUCCAGAACCAGACCCCAGGCCAGCAGGAGCAGCACCUGCACCUGAUGAUGAGGCUGCUGCGGCCAGAGGAUGCCAUCUGCCUGGCUGUGCGGCUGGAGUCAGCCCAGCCCCACCGGAUCCGGUACCUGCUGGUUGUAUCGACAGAGGAGAAAGAGGGUGAGAGCGAGACGGUGCUUCUGGGUGUGGACUUCCCUGAAGAGGGCUCCUCCAGUUGCACCCUGGGGAUGGUGCUGCCCCUCUGGAGUGAUGCCCAGGUCUUUCUUGAUGGGGACGGGGGCUUCAGCGUGACAUCCGGAGGGAAGACGCGCAUCUUCAAACCCAUCUCCGUCCAGACCAUGUGGUCAGUGCUACAGGUGCUGCACAAGGCAUGCAAUGAUGCUAUCCAGAACAACCACUUCCCCGGGGGCAGCGCAUUGGGCUGGGCCGAGCGGUACCAGUGCACUGUGGCCUCAGAGCAGAGCUGCAUCAACGAAUGGCUGGCCAUGUCUGACCUGGAGUCCGUGAGGCCAGACUCUUUCUGCUCUGACAAGCCGACAGAGCGUGUGGUGACAGAGAAGAUGAUCCGAGCAAAGCUACGUGAGGUGAUGGCUACUGCUGAUCUGGAGAGUAUCACUGCCAAAGAGAUCCGUACCGAACUCGAGUGCCGCACUAACUGCAGCCUGGCUGAGUACAAGGAGUUCAUUGACAAUGAGAUGUUGCUCAUCAUGGCCCAGAUGGACCGGCCCUCCAGGAUCUUCGACCACCUCUACCUGGGCUCUGAGUGGAAUGCUGCCAACCUGGAGGAGCUGCAGCGCAACAGAGUCACUCACAUCUUGAACGUGACCCGUGAGAUUGACAACUUCUUCCCUGCCCUGUUCACCUAUAUGAAUGUACGGCUCUAUGAUGAAGAGGCCUCCCAGCUCCUGCCCCACUGGAAGGAGACAUUUCGCUUCAUCUCCGAUGUCCGGAAGCAGAAUGCGCGGGUGCUGGUGCACUGUAAGAUGGGUGUGAGCCGUUCAGCUUCCACAGUGAUCGCUUACGCCAUGAAGGAGUACCAGUGGACGCUGGAGCAGGCCUACCGGCAUGUGCAGGAAAGACGUCCCAUUGUGCACCCCAACCCCGGCUUCAUGAAGCAGCUGGAGUUCUACCAGGGCAUCCUGGAUGCCAGCCGGCACAGCAGCCUCUGGGCACAGAAGGCUGGGGAUGCCCAAUGGGAGGACACAGGGGAUUCAAAUGAUGCCAGCAGUGACCUCUCAGCCAGCGAUGAGAGCCCAUUCCCUGAAUCCCCCACCUCAGAGGAGGAGCCAGCCAAAACACCCACUUACUGCUUUCGACCCCUACGGGAGCCCCCCGAUGAGCCUGCCCAGUCCCCCCAGGAGGCUGCAGCAGGAGGCCAUGCUGGCCUGGGGGCCCAGACCUCCACACAUGAGGCAGAGGAGCUCGGUGGCUCGGAUGACUCAGGAGCCGAGGAGGUGCGUAAGCACCUGGCUGCGUUGCGGUCACCUCAGUCCCCUGGCAGCCCACGCCGGCAGCGCAUCAAUCUGUACGCCAUCAUGAGGAGCAUCAGUGAGAUGGAGAGCCAUGACACCCCAUCCCCGCUGGAGGGCCCUGUCGAGGGGGAGAUGUUUGCUGUCUCAGGGAUCCAGCCCUCCAGAGGCAGCCCCCCAUUGCAGCCUGAUGCCUCCCUGCCCCCAGUGCCUCAGAGCCAGGAGGAUCCUGGGGCUGGGGCAGGAUCCAAGGUCCAGCGUCGCCAACAGCAAGCCACAAUGGACAAGGUGGGGGGCCGGCGGGGCCGGCACCGUGGUCGCAGGGCCUCCCGGAGCCACGGCCAACUAUGCAAGCAGAUGUCCUACCGCCCGGCGCCCGGCAAGGUGCACACAGCCGUGCGGCACAUGGAGGGCCCUGCCCCCGCAGCCCUGGACCCACCCCGGCGCUGUGCACCCCAUGUGCAACACCGUCUCUCAGUGGCCCAUCUCAUAGACGCUGCCCUGGUGGUGAGCCGCACCAAAGAGUUCGAGGAGCGGCUGGGAGCCCCAGGGGAGGAGCCCAUAAGCCCCGCACCCUCUACCUGGGAGCCCCCACCUAAAUCCUACGGCUUCAUCUCCUCACGGCCACGGAGGAUGGUACGACAGGCCAGUGUGGAUGUGGACCCUGCUGCAAACGGUAGCCCUGCCCCUUGCCCCACCCCUGGAAGGGGCUCUGCCCCUGACAGUGACCCUGCUCCUGGCUCUGGCCCUGGCCAUGACAGUGGCCUCACCCCUUCUCCUAUCUCUGAAUGUGGCCCUGCCCCUGACAGUAGCCCUACCUCUUCUCUCACUUCUGCAGGUGUCCCGGACAGUGCCCCAACCUGUUGCCAUGCCCCUGGCAAUAUCUCCGUCCCUUGCCCUGACCCUGACAGUGGCCCAGCCCCUUGCCCCACCUCUGAUGGCGUCCCCACCCCAUAACAACAUGACCGUGGCUACAGAAGGUGCUGGGCCUGGGUAUUACCAGGCAGGGGGAACUUUCAGUACCAGAGGGCAUCAGCGCCAGUCAUCCAAGGGGCAGUGCCAAGAGUGGAGCUGGUGUUUGUAGCCCCAACUCCAAGGCCUCGCUCCUUCAUGGUCAAUUGGGUGCGGCCCUGUGGGGGGACCCUCCUUCCACCCCUCACGAAGCCCCUCACCAAGCACAGCACUGCCCUGAACCCUGCACUGCAGCCCAGCAGGUGUUACCUGAGAGGUGGGGGGCACCACCUUUUCCACUGCCACCCUCCCCUUCAUGCAACUCUUUGCUUGAGUACCACUGAAGCACCGCUUGGGCAGGCAAGUCUGAGGUGCUCCCUCCCAAAUCCCUGUGACCUGCGGGGAAAGGUUGGAGCUGGGAAGGGGUGAUAGCCCUUGCCUUGCCUUGCCUUAUGCACAGAUGCCGAGCCAUUUCUCUCUGUUCCAACCGCACUCAGCCUGAGAAUAAAGAGUUUAUUCACUUUGCA